AUGAAAAACAGAAUAAUAGACCUUUUAAUAUCUGUUUCUCUGCAGCUCUACACAAUCCACGUGAUCCUGUCCGGCGGCAGCGAUAAGACGCCCGCCAUCAUCACUCGCCGAUACUCCGACUUCCAGCGGCUCCACGCCACGCUACGCCGUAACCACGGAGACCAGAUGGAGCGCGUCUGUUUCCCUCGGAAGAAGCUGCGCAGGAACUUCACGGCGGAGACGAUCGCUAAGCGGAGUCGAGCGUUCGAGCAGUACCUGUCUCACCUGUGCUCCCUGUCUGCCCUGCGGGGGGCGCUGUGUGUGAGACAGUUCUUCUACCUGACCGACCUGCAGGCCGCUCAGAUGCUCAUCAGGGUGGGACGUUACCAGGAGGCCUUGGGUCCGCUGCUCAACGCCAAGAGACUGCAACACAAACUGGGAUGGGAGAGUUACUAUGACAACCAGUCUCAGUCAGCCCCGGCCCCGGCCUCCUCCCAUUGGUUCUUCACCCUGGUGGGGCUGGCGAGCUGCUUCCAGGAAGUGGAGCAGCUGGAGGAGGCGAGGGAUCACGUUGACUCCGCCCUGCGCGUCCUGACGCCCCCUGAGACUGAGGACAGGCCCCUCCCCCUCCAAAAUAAGCCACACCCACUGACUGAAAAGCCCGACAGGCCACACCCCCUCCUGUUGCCGUUGCUACAGACGGUGGUUCGGUUGUCGUGGCUGACGGGCAGAGACAAGCGGCACUGGGAGGAGCUUCUGAAGGAGGAGGAGCAGAGGGAGGGGCUCGACAACCAGCCAACCGUCAGAGAGUAUCUGGUGAAACACAUCCUGCAGGAGGGCGAGGGGGAGGGCUAGACACACACACACACACACACACACACACACACACACACACACACACACACACACACACAC